ACAAGAAAUACUCAAAUUUUCAUUCGAUUUUUUCAAAUUUCAAUAUUUGAUUUGAAAUGAAUUUAUAAUCUAUUAAAAAAGAUCUUUGAAAGGGUACUCAAUUUGCGCCGCUUUUUUCGGUUACGUAGAGCCAGCUUUGAACCGAAAAUCAUCAUGUCAUUGAUCAAAUUAUCAACUUCUAACUACAUCACCGAAAACAAAUCAGAUAUUACAAUCGCCGACCUAAUUUUUUGAUUUUUAUACCUAAGAUACAAAAAUAUAUUGAAUUAACAAAAAAGCAAUUAUGCCACCAAAACCCACCAACUGGCGCAUGUAUGGCAAGAUGGCUGUUGCCGGCUUAACGUGUUGUGUCGGCGGUCCAGCUCUGAUCUACUACGUUUCUCCAACAGAAGAAGAACUCUUCCUGAAAUACAAUCCAGAAUUACAGAAGCGCAGCUUGGAGAAUCGAGUAGGGAAACAAGAGGAUUUCGAUAACUUCGUGGCAAGAUUGAAGGAGUAUAGUAAGACUGAUAGACCAAUUUGGGUCGAAGCCGAAGAAGCCGCACGCAGAAAGCGUAGUGGAAAGAUAGAAGAACAAGCCAAAUUGAUGCAAGAGAUGCAAGAGAGGAAAGAAGAAAUUAAGAAGAGUGGAACAAAAUUGAUGCCCGGUGGAAGUCUUUAAUUGCAAUUAAAAUGGCAAAGGAAUGAAAUUUGUACAACUAUGGAUGGCGUUUGGUUGCAUAUUGUCUUUGACGAUGGAAGGUCCAAGUUUGGCGCAGAAAUGGGGAAUGAAAAUCUCAAUGGGUGGGUUUUGAAGCUGCACAGCUGUAUAGCUGCUAUGUAUGGUAUGAUAUGAUACGAUAUUGAUAUUACGUUUACUUGGAAGGUCGAGGUCUUCAAAUACAUCUUGAUCUAAGACAUCUCAAUGCUGUGUAUUUUCGGCUCCUAAGGAUUCUUGAAUUUCAAGCAUUAGAUAUAAUAAUUAUAUGAAGUAUUGGGAGAAA